CUAGGAGAGCACUGAAAAGCAGCCACCUCUGGGGUGGGGGUGAACCCCAGCCUGGGGAAUGUCCCAUGACAGCAGCGUUUGGGAAACAGGCCCUGGGAGAUUAAAUAUCCUCCGAGGGGGGCCCAGUCACGUAAACAGAGACAAGGGCGGAGAUCGGUGACGGUAGGGAGCACAGAGAACCGAGAGGGAAACAAGCAAUAACAUCGGAUCCGUCCCAGGGGCGAGCAAAGGGUUAAUCUGAGAACAGCCCAGUGAGAUAAUUUGCGGCUAGCUGCCACCUGGGCCCUUAUCAGGAGCCAUCUGCGCCGCUUCCUCCAUCUAUAUAAACGAGUGUCCAGUUUGCAUAGCCAGAGAACCUGCUUCCCCAUCCUCGCCAGCGCCAGACCUGGGAGACUGAAGCCCGUGCGCACCGUGGCUGCAGAGUUCGGUGCAUCCGAGGCAAACAAGAGUCCAGUCCGGCUCCGAGCCCAGCCCCACACUCUCCCGGUCGCCAUGCAGGGCUCCCUCGUGCUCAGCCUCUUGACCGUGCUCCUAGCUGCAGCGAAUGGCCAAUAUUCAUGUUCAAAUUGCACAGUCUCCGAGACCCAGGCAAAUUGUCCUGUACAGAACUGCACGGUGGGGACCUGCAUCCUCACUCUGGAAACGGUCUUCUUAGGAAACAACGUGACCGUCAACGCUUACAUGGAGAACAACACUACAUGUCAUGCAGAGUUCAUCAGCCUGUCCGUCGGGCCCGACAAACAAGUGAGGACCAGCUCCAUGUGUUUUCAAAGCAACUUCAAUCAGAAUAUAACCGUGGCCGUGCCGCCGAAGAGCUCACGCAAGAACGGGCUGCAGUGCGCAGCCUGCGAGUCGCCGGACGCUGACCAGUGCAAGAAGAACGUGAACAUCCCCUGCACGGGCUCUCAAGAUCGUUGCAUCGACCUUGCUGGGACGCUUGUUAACAGCAACACCACAUUGGUCUUGAAAGGCUGCGCUACCCAGAGCGCCUGUAAGCUGAAAGUCAACAGCAGUUUCUACUAUUCCCAGAAGACAUAUACGCUGACCAAAGCCAGCUGCCUUCAGCUUACCAGCAAGGGCUCCAACGUUGCUGUUCACGCCCUGGCAUUCUUCCCAACGUUGGCUGGGCUGCUCCUGGUGAAACAGCUGUCCUGAUUUGCCCUCUGUCUGCAAGAUCCUGGAGAAACCAUCCCCCACUCACCCCUUGGGAUUUAGGGGUGCCUUUGGAGAGAUGAGUUCAUCACAGGUUGUUGGGCUCUAUAUGGGGGUGCAGGGGGGAACUAGGUGUAAUUCUCCUACGUCAGUUAUGCAGGACAUCAGCCAUAGAUGGCCUUAAAAUGGGUGAAUCAGUGAAUCCGGUGGGUUGAA